AAUAUCAACUAAAGAUGACAUCGAUCMUACUAUCGAAAUGCUUCAUCGGCUUGUAGAUGAGUGAGUUCAGYGACUUCUAAUACUGGUUACCAGGGUGAUGGCGCGAAACAAUUGGAUCGUUUUUCUAACCAUUGGAGUUCUAAUGUCUACGUAAUUCAAUUUAUUCAGGGCUGCUAUCUUCGUGGUCGGAAAUUUUCCUAUUUUGAGAAAAGCAACGAUAGAAGCAUUGGAAUUGAUCUUCGGAACACGGCAGUUGACCCGACAAUUCGCGCUGGUAAGCAUAAAGAUCGAAAAUAUGUGUAUUUGCUUAAAGGUUUUGUCACGGCUAAUAGCAAAUAGCACGCGCUGCUUGACCCAUUGUGAUAUAUUCUCUGAUUUGUUUCCCUCCGUCACAAAAUACAAUGCAGGCUAUUGCUCUGGAAACAGGGAUGGUAACGCUGUCUCAGUUGCUGAAAAUUGUGAACAGAUUCCUAGCAAAUUUCAGUUCUAGGUCUAGACUUAUUCGUACUCUCCAACACAAGCAAGACGAAGUAUCGUCACAAGACGAAUGGUUUGACUUGGCAGAAAAGAUCGAUCAUAUUCAGGGGAACGACGUUUGGCGUUCGAACAACAGCAGCCAAUUAUACGAAGGUCAUCGAAUUUCAGCUCGGAUCGAUGAAUUUGUUCACUUAAUGCGAAGACAAGACAUUUUUGAGUUGAUGUUUGUUCUGAGGGGUGGGAUCGGACGAAAUCGAUAUGGACUUUUGCACGAAGGAUUAUUCUCAAAAGCAAUUGCAGGAACAAAAGUUCUGGUUGAAACGUGAGUAACACGACAACACCUCAUUAUGGCGUAAAUAUUUUGGUUGUUUUCGAUUGAAACGAGCACCCAAGAUUCCCGCUUGCCUCGACUAAUUUCUAUUUGAAUGUUACAAUGAAAUGGUGCUUGAAUUUUUUGCUUUCGAACAACCAGGUACCACAAUGUUGUUUGCGCAUCAUUGGAUUUCGUUUGUGAUGCGCCUGUGGCAGUUGGAGAAUCGCCUAUCCCGACCGAUGCAAGAUUGGCAUUCUUCAACGAAACACGACAUUCUUAUGGAAGAACAGCGCUCUUACUAUCUGGAGGUGCUGCACUGGGAUUCUACCACGUUGGAGUUGUAAAAACACUGAUGGAAAAUCGACUUAUGCCACGAGUACUAGGAGGGUCGUCUGCYGGUUCAAGUAAGUGUCUYUUUUCAAUUUUUUUUCGUCAUGUCAUUCAGAAUAUGCAAUUUUUCUUUCUCAACGAAAAUCCCUUUUACUAUGAUACGUAUAGUCGUUUGUGCCAUGGUUGGAACAAGGUCAGUGGAAUUCGACCAGUUUGCCAAACAAAAUUGUGUCACAAGCUCACAUMUUCCUUCUUUUUGGUUUCUAGAACUGACGAAGAAUGCAUCAAUGACUUAUUUAAUGUCAAAGGGACGACCGCGCCAGGUCACUCAGGGAGGAUCAUGAUUAAUUUUUUCCGACCUCUUCAUAUGCCAAGGAUGGCAAAUGAUGAACAGAAAUCUCAGUCUACAAAUAGAAUAGAUACGGAGAUCGGGGAGGUGUAUAAAAAUACAGCGGGGUUUUUCCACGAUGCAAAGCGAACCUGGCAAAUUUUUGUACCAAUUCAAUUGCGAAAUUUCACUUCGAUUCUCUAUGAUCUUCUGACGCUCAAAACACGCCCACAGGAAUUGUUGAUGAGCGAUACAGAGCACUUUCGAGAGUGCUUGCGAGUUAAUGUAGGAGAUUUUACUUUCCAGGAAGCGUUUGAUCGAACUGGAAGAAUCCUGAACAUAACUGGUAAGCUACAAAGUUCUGUGGAUCUACUCCUGCGAGAACAURCUCUUUUCAUUAGAAUGGGAGAUGAUGAAGCGUUAACAAUUGCGACGAAGAUGAAUCUUGUACUGACAGCUCAAGCUUACUUUUUGUUUCUCAAAUUUGUACAGUGACGCCGAAUAAUUCUAGUGAUCCACCUAGAUUAUUAAAUUAUCUCACAGCCCCUCAUGUCCUUGUCUGGAGCGCUGCUGUGGCAUCGUCAUCGCUUCCAGGAAUUUUUGAAUCUAAUCGCCUUCUAGUCAAAGACGCCGACGGUACAGUCCGUUAUGAAAGUGCCGAAGGUGCUUGUUUCUCUGAUGGAUCGAUGGAACAAGAUCUUCCUAUGCAGCAACUUAGCGAAAUGUUCAACGUCAACCACUUUAUUAUUAGCCAAGCGAAUCCACACGCUGUGAUGCUUGCAUCCUAUUCCCAUUCGAAGUCAAUUUGGUCGACCCCAUUGAUAGGCCUCGUGAAUUCUAUAUUGAUAUUUUUGAAGGAUCAAUGCCGAUCGUGGUUGACACACGUAGUUGAGAUGGUAGGUGGCAGAAGGUAUGCGCCACAGCAUGCUACCUCGCGUACGAUUGGGGCGCAGAUCUUUGUACAGGAUUAUGAGGGACGRGAUUGCGAUGUCUCUCUAAUACCCUGGAUUGGUCAUCGCCAUCUAUUUAGUGCUUUGUUGCACGCAUUAUACAAUCCGAGCAAAGCAGAAUUUCAAGAAUGGAUUGAAGCUGCGCAACGCCAAACAUGGAAGCAUCUACCUGCUAUCAAAAGUCACGUCGCAGAAGAGAUUACUCUAGACCGAUGCGUUCAACGACUACGGAAACGAAUUCUUGCAGAGAAGUGGGAAAAACAUCGAAAGAUUGGUUCAAUGAGUGACAAAAUAAGCGCGAAGGUUCCUAGCUUUUUUACAAGUCCUUCUCUUGUCAACUUUGGAGGUCUUGGAAUUGGCGACCAGACAAUUGUCGACGAUUUGGAUCAAGCACAAUAUAAAGAUGUAACCCAUUCCUCUCUAACGCCACUUACUCUACCUGCCGACAUUAAGCCGGGCUGGGCUGGACUUGGUCUCAAAGGCAAUCAUCGAUCAGCUGCAAGCCUCGAAAGCUCUGCUUCGCAUGCAUCCGGCCUAUUCAUCGAAGGCGAUGACCAUUCAAAAGAGCAGGCAGCUGGGGAGCAAACCAAUCACAUGCCAGUGUUCCAUGGAAAUAAAACAAUUUCUAUAUCCUCUUCUCACAACGAUUCAAAAAGGUAUCUAAAGACUACAAACAUGGCACAGUUUUAUUACAGAAAUAAUCCCAACCUCAGCAACAAUAGUAUCGACAAGAUUCAAAGAAGUCAUAGCCACGGGGGGAAGAUGGAAGAGAAUGAAAAUGAGAAGAGGACUUCAACUUUUCAACGUCAGAAGUSGAAGAGCCACACAAGUUUCGGAAAUACAUAGAAUAUGAUGACUAGAUCAAGAUGUUAUGGAAGAUAUUUUCAAUAAUAUUGUUUAUUAGAGUAUAUCGAUACUAAAAUUUAACAAAAUGCAAGGAGUACUUUUGCCGGUCAUAAAUAUUUGUACCCUGGUGAAUGUCAACGAUUUCCAAGUUGUCGAUGGCUUGGACAUAAUUGGCUUACGUUCUUAUACAGGUAGAUCUUCUUCAGAGACAGAGACUUUUCGAAUUUGUGCCCCUACAAUUGAAACCACGGGUGCAGCUGCAAGUGAAGGGUUCUGAUUACGAUAAUUCGAUGUUGCGGAGAGAGACUCAUUAUCAUCACUUCUGUCUUCCUCGUCGCUGUUACCCUCAACGUCAUCCAUCGUUUCACUCAUGUUAUCAUCGUCAUAAUCACUUUCUUCUUCCAAAAAUUCGAAGUCGUCAUCCCCGUCAUCCCCCAUUUCUUCGUCAUUUAUGCCUUGGACCAUCCGUCGUAAUGUAUUGCCCAGGCUAAAAACCGAUAAAGAUUCUCUUUCAUCAAAAAGUAGCGCCGCUGCAGUUUCUUCUAUGGCUUCGUCAGAAAUGCUGUUUCCUCCUAGCAACGAAGUGUGAAGAUGUGACCUUAAUGUACGUGCCAGGAUUUUGUAGAUAUCUCGUUCCCUUUCUACAUGUCGUAACCUCGAUUCUAUCUCUCGUUUAGCUUCAUUAGCUCUUUCAACAUUAGCCUGUUCUUCUUGUAAGCGUUGAUGCAAAAAGUCGACCUCAUUAGUGGGAACGUCAAACCCUUACAAAAGAAAAAAGAGGGAUAAUCAGAAAUUUCAGAAAAACAAUGAAAUGAAAUGAAAUAAACAAACACAAAUGCACGAAAAAACAKCAAUGCUAAUCUUACAAUUACGAUGCGUAAAAGACAAAAUUUCUGCCCACAAUGCUUUUGGUAACAUCGAUGCUGCAUUCACUUUGCGGGGCGGGCAAAUCUUGACGGGCUGAAUUCUACUUGCGUUCGAGCAAAGAAGCAAUUGAUUGCAGGCGCCACGAAAUGUAUCAGGGUACAAAGUAUGAGUAGAGGGAUUCCAUAUACGCGCUGGAAUUAUAGUGUGCAUGGAUGGACCAUUAAGAAGCGGGGCAAAUCGAACACCCGAUAUAACUUUGGUAGUAAACUGCUGACUUCCCUCAGAGCUGUCACAGAGGCUUCGAAUUAUUUUGACAAGUUCAUCCCCAACUGUGGUGAAAAGGAGACAUUAGGAACCAGUUAUGAAAUUUUCGAUUAAAAAAUCAGCCUCAUUCGUAACUUACCUGGACCUACUAAAAUCCCACCUGGCUUCAGCAUCCUCUUGAACAUAUGCACGUUUUCCUUUUCGAUUGCAGCACCGAUAUAAAUUCGAUCAAAUCCCAAGGCACAUUCUCCCCUAUUGAUAUCCAAUUCAAGCGCAUUUCCAUGGAUGAUAUCAAUAUUCGAGAGCUCUUGGUUUGCAGACUGUGUAUCCCUCCAAGCAGCGAUUGCUUCUCUCGAGUGACUKAUGACAUCUUCAUGGAUUUCUACGCAGUAAUGGAUUGAUUGUAAACCUAGAAUUGAAGCUGUAAUGCAGGUGAAGUAGCCUGUUCCAGAUCCGGCGUUUAAAACGCU